GUAGAUUUAAGAAUUUUAAUUAUUAAUCAUGCAAAAAUUACUUUAAAGGGGAGACAGAAAGUGAGACACAUGAUGUACCAUCCCCUGCCACCUUUGAAGAUACAUCUGAACAGUUAUCAAGUGAUGAACAGAAGACACUGCUAGUGGGAUCAAGUGAAAAGACUCAAAAAAUUGAGACAUCUGAUUUACCAUCACCUGCCAGCAUUGAAGUAAAACCUGAAAAAUUAUCAACUGAUGCGCACAAGACACAGCUAGUGGGAUCAAGUGAAACAAUAAUGGAGACUCAAAAAAGUGACAUGCCUGAUGUGCCAUCCAUUAUGACCUUUAAAGGGUCAUCUGAAAAAUUGUCAAGUGAUGAAAUCAAGACACAGCUAGAGAGAACAAGUGAAACAUUUGAAGGAAUACUUGAGGAAUUAUCAGGAGAUAGUGAUAGCAAACUGGAAACACAACUUGAUCAACCAAAAAUUGCUGAACAAUUGAUAGAGUUUGAAAAACAACUCAAACCAGGUGACCUAAGAGGCUAUGUAGCAAGGAUGUUACGCAGAAAAGGGUGUUAUGUGAAGGAUAAAGGAAUGUUCAAAGAAAAAGAACAUGAAAAAGAAUGUUUCACUCAAUCACAUUCUAGUGGACCAAGUUUCAUUAUAUCAAGUCAAGAUAUGGAUGACAGUGAACCAUCAGUCGCUCAAGAGCUGCCAAGUAAAGGUAUUAUGAAAUAUGAAAGUCACAUAGAAGACAUAUGCAAAUCACUAAGAAUGUUUAGUCAGAUCAUGAUCCCGCAUAUGAAGGUAAUCUCAGAAUCAGAUGAGCAGAUCAUUCAACUGAUGAGUGAAAGAGUAAAUUGGAUAAACAUAGAGGUUUCAAUAACCGAAUUGAAGAAACAAUCAUCUGAAGACAUUGGCAAAAUGUUUGCUCAUGUUUUAAUUGCUAUACAAGAUGAAGAAAAUGUUUUAAUGGAAAUCCAUGAAUUAUGUACUAAUGAUAUUGUCAGUAGUUUAUCAACUGAAUGUAAGAAAUUAAAUUUCAAAUACAAUAUUACAGGACACUUCUAUUGUUCCAAAUCAAGUAAUGUAUUAUUCUUAAUUCAUCUGCUGUGUAGUGCACCAAGACUUUGUUUUUUUCAUUUAUCAUAUUGUGAUAUAAAAGGUGUUAAUGUGAAUGAGAUUGCAGAUGCAUUGUAUCAAGAAGGAGUUGUGUUGCAAUUAACAUAUCUUAAUAUCAGUGGAAAUAACCUCAAUGACAUCAAAGGUUCCUCACUUACCACUUUGCUUGCUGUAGCUCCUAAGCUGAAUAAUCUUUACAUGAGAAAUUGCAGUAUCCCGGGUGCUGUAAUGGAUGAGAUGGUUAAAGAAUGUUCUAGUAGAGGAGUUGUGUUGGAAUUAACCAGCCUUGAUAUCAGUGAAAAUAACCUCAAUGACAUCCAAGGUUCCUCACUUGCCACUUUGCUUGCUGUAGCUCCUAAGCUGAAUAAUCUUGACAUGAGAAAUUGCAGUAUCUGGGGUGCUGUAAUGGAUGAGAUGGUUAAAGAAUGUUCUAGUAGAGGAGUUGUGUUGGAAUUAACCAGCCUUGAUAUCAGAGAAAAUAACCUCAAUGACAUCAAAGGUUCCUCACUUGCUACUUUGCUUGCUGUAGCUCCUAAGCUGAAUAAUCUUGACAUGAGAAAAUGCAGUAUCUCAGGUGCUGUAAUGGAUGAUAUGGUUAAAAAGUGUUCUAGUAGGAAAGUUGUGUUGGAAUUAACCAUUCUUAAUAUCAGUAAUAAUAACCUCAAUGACAUCAAAGGUUCCUCACUUGCCACUUUGCUUGCUGUAGCUCCUAAGCUGAAAGACCUUUUCAUGAGAAAAUGCAGUAUCUCAGGUGCUAUCAUGGAUGAUAUGGUUAAAGAGUGUUCUAGUAGGGGAGUUAUGUCGGAAUUAACAGAUCUUAAUAUCAGUCAAAAUAACCUGAAUGACAUCAAAGGUUCCUCACUUGUCACUUUGUUGGCUGUAGCUCCUAAGCUGAAAUAUCUUUUCAUGGGAAAUUGCAGUCUGUCAGGUGUGGAUGAUAUGGUUAAAGAGUAUCGUAGUAGGGGAGUUGAACUUUGUAUCUAGUAGAAAAGGUAGUUGCAAUCAGGUAGCAAGUUCUGUAGAGGUGUUUAAUGCAUGUUUAAUUAAUUUGUAUUUUUAGUAUUUUUUAAAUACAUAAUACAGAUGAUGCUAUUUAAGGUUUAUUUAAGUAAUAAUCAUA